AUGAAAAACGUGAAAGAAAAAGCAAGCGCAGAUGAUGUGGAAGUUUGGGAUUUUCUCAAGAAGAAGAAGAAGAAAAAACGCAGAGAGCACAGUAAGAAACAUGAAAAUUCUGAAGAAGAAAAUACAGAAAAUGUAGAGGUUGGCUGUGCUUCUCCACAGCUCUUUGAAGAUGAAGCAGCACAGAGUGGUGAAGGCUAUAAAAAGAAGAAAAAAAAAGCCAAACCCAAGGGGAAGCAGCAGUCUUUGAUAGAUGAUUUUUGUGUAAGACUGGAACCUGAAGUCAGUGAUGAAACUGAAGUGAAUGCUUCCAAAAAGAAAAAGAAGAAAAAGAAGUGGAAGUUUAAGGAGAGCACAGAUGAGCAGAGUGAUGUCACUUGUGUGGCAGUAAAUCACCAUGACACUGAUAGAUAUCAGGAGGUCACCACUGACUAUGUUCAUGUAAAACAACCUGCUAAGAAGAAAAGAAAAGUAAAAUUGCCUGAAGAGGAUGAGGUAGCUGAGCUGUCUGCCUCAGAAACACAGGAUAAAAAUGACAAUAAAAGGUUGAAAAAGAAGAAGAGGAGGAGGAGAAGCAGUAGUACCCAAGACAGGCAAGAAGACAGAGAUGUGACCGUUGAUGAAUCUCUGUUGUCCUCUCCAGAACAAAAGGGGCAGUGCCAAGACAAAGGGUUGCCAUCCCCAACAGCAGAGGCUGUGGCAGUGCCCCAGCAAUGCCACCAGGAUGGGGAUGGUGAUGCUUCUGUCAGGAGUCAGUCUACCAAGGUACCUGCUAAACUUUCUAAGUCCACUAAAGCAGCUGAUCCACCUCCUCAGAAAACUCAACCACGUGCUAGAAAGGGACCAAAGAGCAGCGUUUUUGUCCUAGAAGAAAGCUCUUCAGACUCUGAGGCAGGGCAAUCAGAACCCUCAGUAUCAAAAAUAAAGGAGGAACAGAACAGUUCCUGCACUAAAAGGGGAGCCUCUGAUGAACUUAGGCAGGAUGAUGAAGAAGACUUGGACCAGAGCAUGUGUUCAGUGGUGGAUUUGGAUACUGCAAGACAAGAAUUGGAAGAGUUUAUUCCUCAUGUGAAGAGUAUAUCAGAUGCUUCAAUCAGGAAGAUGGCUGGAAGAGACCUGUCCAGGUUUAAAGAGUUUAAAAAACAAGGUGUUGCAAUCAAGUUUGGCAGAUUUUCCCAGGAGGAAAAUAAUAGAAUCUGGAAAAAUCUUGAAGAGUUCUUACAGAUUACUGGAAUAGACAAUGCUGAAAAACUCCUGUUUACCACAAGGUAUCCAGAAGAUAAAGAAACUAUCCAACGCCUAAAAGCAGAAUAUCAUUUCUGUGAAAAACUUUCUGAGGGCAUACCACGACCCUGGAGGCUGAUAUAUUAUCGAGCAAGGAAGAUGUCUGACUCAAAUAAUUAUAAAGGGAGGUAUACAGAUGAAGAAAAAGAAAAACUGAAGAAGUAUCAUGCAAUGCAUGGCAAUGACUGGAAGAAGAUUUCAGAGAUGAUGUCCCGUUCUAACCUCUCAGUAGCUAGGAAAUACUCUGAAAUCAAGUCAGGUGCUAAUUAUGGUCCUUGGACAACGGAGGAGACACGGAAGUUAAUGUGUGCAGUGAAGGAGGCCAUUAGUAAAAGAAUGGAAACAGAAGAUGCAGAUUCUCCUUCCUCUUUGGAAAAGUCAGACAGAGAUCUCUUGAUAGACCGUGAGAAACUGUACCAGAAACUGCCAUGGACUGAGAUUGGAGACAAAGUGGGGACUCGCUACUGGAGGCAAUGCAAACAGAAGUGGCUUUCAAUUUUAACCAGCAAGAUGACCAAAGGGCAGCAGUUGUAUAGGGGGACCAAAGGAUUGCAGGCCAAGAUCAAUCUUAUUAAAAGGUUGUACGAAAUGAAAGUGGAGGAUCCUAAUGAAGUAAACUGGGAAGAACUCAGUAAUACUGUUGGAGAUGUCACUGGGUCCUAUGUUCAAGCAAAAUUUUAUAGGCUAAAAGUCUCUUGUGUACCUUUAUGGAAAAAAAUGACUUUUUCUGAAAUCAUUGAUUAUCUUUUUGAAAAGAAACUCCCAGAAUUUGAAGAGCAGUUAAAAAAAAAGAAUAAACACCUUAGGUCUGAUGAUUCAACAGCUAUGCAACAGAAGAAGACUUUUCUACUCAGUGACAUUUUUGACUCCAGUGAAGAGGAGGAUUAA